CCAAGUUUUGCUUUUGAAUGUAUAUAUAAGCACGAAUUACGAUAAGCAAGUGUCUUCACAGAGAAAAUGGCUCGUGGUCCGCUGCGGAGUCCUGUACCGUACGAUCUAUUAGGAAGCUCCGAUUGUUAUAGAUUGGAGUUUGAUUUAUUCACUCCAAGAGCACACUUCGUGAUACUUGCCAAGCAGCCGCCAGGGAAGCUAACAUUUGAAGAAUUCAACGGUGGUCAACGGCAAGAAUUGGUGGAAUUUGCAUCGGAAAUCAGCAAAAAAUUCAAAAUCAGCGGUAUCCUUUCUAUUCAUCGUGGUCAGUGGUUUAACCCAAAGCCUGAAAAGUUCCACGGGCAUUUCUGUGUAGAUGACGUGGAGGAGUAUGUAAAAAUUUAUGAAAGACUUAAAACGAGAAUCCCUAACUACCCGCACUCACUGGAAGUGGUCUACGCGAAUAAAAAAAAUUGGUUGAGAGGUACAAGAGCCGAGGACUACCCCGCCAAUGUACGAGCUUAUCCGCCUUUGGCAACGACAGCUAAAUAUUUCAACGCCGAUCGAAAGGACAUAGAGGACGACAGGGCUACAACUUCUUCGCCAGGGCCACGUGAAUUGGAUGGUUAUCGGUUACACUACGGCCUUCGCUACUUGCCGCGUAUAUAUUUCCAACCACUAGUGAACGACCGCAAUACAAGCCAAGUAAUGAAGUCGCUGAAAUGCUUAAACGCUUUGGACCAUUUUUCCAGGAGGUUUGUUUGCCAGGAUGGAGCCGGAAACUGGCACAGAGGCUGUCAUAUUUGUGUAUUUCUCAAACAAGAAAAUAUUGACGGCACACUAUCUGAUGGAUACGUCCAACUGGAUGGAAAGAUGUUCUACGACCUCUGCCCAGCGGACAAAAAAGAAAGUUGGUAUCAAGUUUUUAAAAAGAAAGGUCCACAGGAACUGAAAGUUAUGACUUAAUUGAUAUAGACUGUUCGUUCUUGUAUACUGUUUAUUAGCAGUAUAUGGAAAUCCAUAUUAGCUGAUGAGUAAUCAUUUGUGCCCCCUUUCAUCGUAUUCCAAAUCAUUUUACCUAUGUUGGAGGCCUUUUCUGAUAAUUUAGAUCUUUUUACUCUCUGGAUUGACUUAAUAUGCUACAUACCUAGAUGCAUAACUCCUUAAGAAAUCGCAUAGAAUCUAGAUCAAAUUUUGAUUCAGAGUAGAUCAUUUUCUUUCGAACUUUCGCUUUACUUGCCUGCUGUAUAUUAAUAUGCUCACACUUACUGGGUUGGUCUCUGAAGCUGAAAGUUUUAGGUGUUGGUUUGAUCCUAAAAUUAAAUUAAAUUUUUGAAAAAUUUUCCUUCACUCGAUAAAUGAUUCUCGAUUCAGUGCUGGCAUGAAAUGUCCAAGUCACUUGACUCUUAUCUUAUCUGGACCUGUCGUCGCUUGUGAAUGAUUUGAUAAGAAGGUUUGUGGUUAAAGGGAUAACAACUUUAUUUUGGGAAGAAGGUUCCAUAAUCAGAUUUUCCUGAGGUAAACGACAAUUUUCCCAUACUUUCCAAUGGUUAAUAAAUUCGUUCUGAUGUUCAAAGUUAUUGAAUUG